CUUCGUUCCCGACAAGAGAUCAAAAGUCCAGUCCGUUUUCCCGGCCAUCCUCCUCUAACCCAGGUAGUAGCCCUCUACCCUCUACCCGUGAAUACCUGGUGAUCCCAAAUCCAGCCGCUCUCGCUCUCCAUGGACAGUCAGGUUCAAAUCGACGGAAGGCUCGUGGAUAUUGUGGAUGAUGCCUGGAAAAAGGAGAAAUUGCCCGAAGAGGACAUUGCCGUACCUUUGAAUGAACUGCCCGAUCCGGAGGCCGAUAACGGGGCCAAUGGCGAAAGUAUGAAAGAGCAAGAGAAUAAGUGGACUGAUCUCUCCCUGAAUCAGUUGUCAGAGUCUACAUCCAACGAACGUCAAUAAGCGAACCCACCACCCAAUCAAUCGUUAAGCCAUCAUGGCCAUGGUCAAAAUUGCUGUGCUCUCGUUGUCUCUCUUCAUUCCAAUAAUCUGUAGUGAAGAGCGAUUUUUCACGUCUGUCUGGUGCCAAGGAUCACACCAAGAUCAUAGACAUUGUGCUUUCCGUAAUUUGUGUUUCUCCCCCUUCUAUCAACAGUUCAUUUUCUUCCAUUCCCCACUAUCGUCCGUUUUCUCCGGGAUCGACGAUCCCAAUGAACAGAGAAACAUGGCCAAAUUGUCGCCGCUGAUUGGCGGGAAUCAGUUCUAUUUCGAUUAUGUCAUGAUGCCACAGGAGGCUCGGUCCAAUUUUAGUGUCGCACGAAUUGAGAGACCCACACUCAUUUUGGCUCGAUGGAAACCGAAUCAUUUGCUCCACGCUCUUCACGACGAUAUUUUACCGAUCUAUGCCACUCUGAGACACCUUUGCCUGGGGGACAUCCAUAAAUGCAUGAAACGAUAUCAGUUGGCCAUAAUUGGCGCUCAUUCCAGAUAUGACCAAUUGUAUCAGAUUCUGUCAAACCAUCCAAUUCUGUCGCUUCAUAAACCGCUCCAAUCCUCGGAAAGAAAAAGUUCCCUUCUGUGUUUCGAAGAAUCAGUGAUUGGAUUGGACACAGAGACUUUGUGGUAUGAUCAUGGCCUUCAAGGUCACCAAACGUCGAUCGAUAACUUCCAAUUAAAGCCUGGGUUCUUCGGAGAAUUUCGUCAACUUUAUGAAGAAAGUCUUCACGGAAGUCUUCCACUCAAAUCGAGGAAUAUAGUUGUGGUUUAUUCCGAUCAAACGAACCAGAUUUCGAAUUCUCUCGAACUAGAAAAGGAGCUGAUAGAUAUCUUUCCGGGGAACUGCGACACGUUUGACCUUGAAAGUGACCAAAUCAGAGCAAUAAUUGAGGCGGUGUCCAAUUGCAAGGUAUUUGUCGCGUUUCACGGAUCUGCUCCAAGUUUGGCGCUUUUUGCUCCCAAAUCGGCCAUCAUCUUGGAAGUUUUUCCAUUCGGUCUCCAUCCGGACACGUUCUCCUUUGCAAAGACGUUAGCCAAACUUCAAGGUAACCCUUAUGAGGCUCUAGUAAUUCAUCAAAGAUCCUUGUCCCAGACAUUUCCAAACCGUGCUCCCAAAUUUGGCGGGAUUGCUCAUUUAGCCCAUGAGCUACAGCAUUCUAUCGACGACUUGGAUUACGUGGACAAUGUAGGACACGAAGAUCCCGCAUACUUGUAUCGACUUCACCAAAAAUCUACCAUCGACCCCCAUGAACUAAGAGAAGUGCUUAACAACCUUGUUGAAGAUCUUAACGCCGGAUCAAAAUUGAAUGCAUUCCAGGACCCACCUUUAUUAUGGAUGUUCCCCUCCAAGGUGUUUGAUAUCAAAUGCCAGGUUGUCGAUAAAGUGGUGGAAGUUUCAUGGGAAACCCCCUUGAAUCUGGCUUUUAUCCCAUUCAAGGAUCUUAUUUAUGAGGUCUUGUUGGAGAACCAGAGCAUGGAUCCAUCACAGGGAAUUGUGUCAUCACGCGAUUUCUCGACACGAGAAAAUAGGAUCUCGAUCCAAGAUCAGAUCAAUUUCAGGACUAUUAAGGGGUUAAAAUUUUGGAUAACCCCAGUCCUGGACCUGGAUCAAAGAGGGCCCGAAACAUUUGGUGAAUGUGAUUUCAGUGACUAUGAUCUUUAAGCCAGCAUUCAACGACUUGAAAUCCAUAUCACAUAGAACGUUUAAUUGCAUUAUCAACCAGAUAGACGUGCAUGACAUGAAGGAGUAGAAAGCAAGCUUACUUCUAGGACUGAUUUGGCCAGAGCCUCUCUCCAAGAUUUGCCAUUAUACCUGUGAAAACUUUCUUUUGGUCCAAAGUGAUCUUUAUGAAGGGGGAGGCUUUCCACGGAUUCGGGACACACUCGUACCUAUUGUACAAGCCUUAAAGUGACCCUCUGAUCGAAAGUAGCUAAAUUCCUUGACCAGAAAAAUAGGUAAGGCAGAUCGAUGAAGUUUGAGGAAUGUGAAAACGACCUUGAAAGUGAUUCAUACUAAAUUAUUCAAUAAAAGCCUUUGGUUGAUUCCCGCUGUGGCUGGAGCUUAAGAUCGUAAAUAUUUCGUCGAAUCACCAUUUCAG